UGCAAAAUGUUUGGGAGGAUCUUCUCGACGUAUAAAAGGUCGAAGUCAUCCGAAACCACUGCUCAGUCUUCUAUACACAUUCAUCGUGGAACGAGCGUCCAACAUGAAGAUACUUUUACUGACCUGUCUUCUGGCUUCGGGGCUUGCCGCACCCGCAGAAAAGACCAAGCGGGACAUUCUUCCUGGUGACUCACGCUACAAUGCCCAACAUAACCACCACCACCACCACCACCACGAGGACCAUGACCACCACCAGAACGAACUUGAAAUCUCUAAGGCUCUGGACGGCUAUUUCGGAACUUACGACAGCGCACUGACAGGAUAUGGAAUUCCCGGUUUGCAACCAGGAAUUCCUAUCAGCAGCAAUAACUUUGGAAGCACAAACUUGGAUGCUGUUGAGAUCGGCGGUACAAAGAACGCCAAACAGAUCGAAUCCAGCACUGAGAGCAGCCUCAGUGUACCUAAGGUAAGCUCAGUCACUGUUGUGAAAUCUGAGGGCAUAUCACAAGCUGGUAAUCUGGCACAAUUAGGGAACAUUGGUAUCAGCAAAGGACUGGCCAAUAACUUUGACAAUGCUGUAAUAUCAACUACAGCUGCUAGUGUCGAAGCUUCUUCAGUUCCAAGUGCGUAUAUCGAAGAAGUUACCAAAUCAUCCUCUGGUGACGGCAUCUCAACUCUCGGUAGCUUCGAGUCACCCUUCCAAUCUGAGACAGGUUCAUCUUUUAGAUCUUCAUUCGAUUCCGGCCUCAGCAGUGCCUUCGGGGGCCCAGAUUUUUACUCGGUACCCUCUAGUGUAGGACCUUUCAACGCAGCAGACUUAAGCACGUUCGAGCAAUCAAGUUUCGACACCUUCGGUUCCAGCCUUGGCUUGUCUUCAGACGUUAACAAGGAUUCUGCGGUAUCUACUGAUACCAGCAAGGAAACCGCAGAAUCUGCUUCAACAAAAAUUAAGUCAUCGAGCGAAACAGUCUCCAGUGAAUUCGGCUCAGCCAAUGGUGGCCUGGCAACUCCUUUGCAGCCCCAGUUCAGCUCCUCUUUCGGUGCUAACUUUAACUCUCGACUCGGUUCCUCGUUCGGAGGACCAUCUCUGUUCUCAUCCUCCCUGGGCGCAGCACCUUUUACCACUACAGGCUUCAACACCUUCAAGCAAGCAGGUUCCAACCCCAUCUUCGGUUCCAGCCUGUCUUCAAGUAUCAACAAGGAAUCAGCAACUUUGACUAGCAACGCAAAAGUAGAAUCCAAAGCCCAGAGCAAGGCGGCUUCUUCAGAUUACAACAAGAAAAUCACAGAAUCUACUUCUACAAAUGUCCAGACAGCUGCCAAAACGUUGCCCGCUAGUUUCGGCUCAUCUGUUGAUAGUUUGUCAACCCCUCUGAAAUCCAAGUCUGACUCUUUCUUCAAAUCCUCCAGUCCUUCCUCCGGAAGCACAUCAGGCUUUAGCACAUUCACGCAAGGCAGUUAUAAGCCCAGCUUUGGUUCCAGCUUUAGCUUCUCAUCGGAAGCUAAUAAAGAAUCCGCCAAAUCAACCAGCGCAACAAACGUAGAAUCCAAAUCAGGCAGCAGCAAAGUUUCUUCAGAUGCCCACAAGACGACAGUAGAAUCUUCAGCUGACGCAGCCAAAUCGUUCACUGAUGCAAUCUCCAGUAAAUCUGGCUUGGAUAUUGAUACCUUGUCACCCCUCUCGGAAACCAAUUUUAGAUCGUCUUUGGGAUCUACUUUCGGCUCUGGUCUUUCUUCCAUCGGAGGCCCAUCCAUCUACUCGACCUCCUUUGGUGCAUCACCUUCCGACACUCUCGGCUUGACGAGGUUCGAAAGUCCCAGCCUUGAGCAAACUUACACCUACACCCCGAGCAUCGAAGGCUAUAACAAUAACUUCGGAAUCUACAAUAACAAUUAUGACAGGGCAAACGGUUUCCAGAAUGCUGAUUACAGAACUUAUCUUACCGGUAUACGCGGUUAUUCUGGAUUUGAUCAGAGUUUGGGGGACACAACACUUAACGGAAACGUCCAAGUUAGCUACCCCCAGUCAUACUCUUCAGACUUCACGGGAGGCGUACGUUACGCAGCCCCUCAGUCCUUCCAAUUCCAAUCUGUGUCCCCCACCCCCCAAAGCGUAACCCCUUUCCCAUUUCCCACAUCCGUCUCGGUAACCGAAGCACCUACUCAGUUGAAUUUCGAUUCUUCACGGUCGUACUUGUCGCCAUCAAUCGAACAAUCCGUACAGCCGAACUUCUACGUUUCUCCAGAUCAGCAAAACCUCUUUCGGAACUAUCAAAGCACUGUCUUCUCGGUUCAACCUACUCCCUCUACUUUCCCAAGGCUGAGUCAACCUGAGGUUAAGAUUUCAGAAAGUUCUCUCUCGGGAAUCACCCAGCAAACAGAUGCUGAUGGAGGCUACAUUUACUAGGUUUAGAAAAUUUUACUCUUGUUUGUAAAAAAAUCCCCUGACUCCACUUAAUAGAAGUAACGAUGAACAAUUCAAACGUGGGUACUAUAGCCCUACUUAGCAUUGGUGGUAUAUAUGCUUGCCGUCUGUAGGGUUCAACCUGUUAUACUCAAAUAAAAUCGAUUUGCUAUAAA